AUGCCCUUUCCCUGUCCACCCGAUUCAUCUGAACUUGGAUCGUCUACAUGGACAUUCUUACACACCAUGGCUGCAUAUUAUCCUGAAAUCCCAACUCCAGAAGACAAGACAACGAUGCGAUCGUUCAUUCAUGGUUUAGCUCGCUUCUACCCAUGCUGGUACUGUGCAUCUCAUCUACAAGAACAUAUCAAAUCAAAUCCACCUCAGGUUGAUUCUAAUAAGGAUUUGAGUGUAUGGUUUUGUAAAGUUCACAACGAAGUUAAUGAGCGACAGGGAAAACCUGUUUUUGAUUGUUCAACCACAUUUGCUCGAUGGAGAACUCAAAGUAAAGAGUGUGAGCAGAAAUGA